UUCAGAUCACACGAACAGCGCACGCGACAGUCAUGUACGCCAAGUUAUUUAUGUUAUGCUGCGCGUGCGCGUUGGCGGCUGCGGCGCCGGGUAUCUACGACAUCGGCUACGCGUCGCCGGCGGUCUCGCACUCUUACGCUGCGCCCGUGGCUGUUGCCGCACCAGUUUACAAGACUGUCGCUGCCCCCGUCGUACACGCGGAACCUAUAGAUCCGAAUCCAGCAUACAGCUACGCGUACGGUGUUGCUGACCCCCACACCGGCGACCACAAGGACGCACAGGAGACUUUACAGAAUGGUGUGGUCCACGGAUCUUACAGCCUGGUAGAGCCAGACGGACACCUCAGGAAGGUCACUUACACAGCCGAUAAAGUCAAUGGUUUCAAUGCUGUCGUUGAGAGGACUGGUGGUACUCACGCGGCGCCAGUCGCGGCCCACGUAGCUGUAGCGCCAGCACACGUCGCUGUCGCCGCACCGGUCGCCAAGUACGCGCUCCCUGCAAUCGGCCACCCCUGGCGCUAGUCACUAAUUUUACUAAAAACUACUUGUCGUAUCGCUGAUGGAAAAAUGGGUUCGGAUAAAGACGACUUCUGCCUAAACUUUAGAUAGCUAGUUGAGUUAGCAUAGACAACGAUAUUGUUGACGCCUUCUGGCUAAAUAAACUUAAGUUUACAGUACAGCAAGCUGAUAAGACUAUCUGAAAGUAUUAGAGGACGAAGGCUUGCACAAAGCGUUGUUCUCAGUGUUGUUUAUAAUAUUACCGUUGAGGAUUAAGUUUAGUUUAAGUUUUAUCAGCUUACAAAAGUCGAGUUGGAAUAGAUUUUGGCAUGUAUUAGUUUCUGUAACCGUUUUCUGCUGUGUAGAAUAGGUUGGAAAGAUGUUUGGUUUUUCGGAUUUUUAAUGGAAACGAUGUAGUUAUUGAAGGAGGUAUUUGGAUAAUUGUGUUUAUGUGGUGCGUUUGUCCAAUCAGCGAUGCAACAAGGUCGAUGACCUCGCCCGAGAGCCGAAUGAAACUGUCCUAUUGUUUAUUUAUUUAGUUCUGCUUUGACUGUUGCUACGGACUUGAUCUUGACGCGUUGUAUUACUUACAUGUAAAUAUAAUGUGUACUUAGUUUUUAAAUA